CCGCCGCCGCGCGAUGCCGAGCUGCUGCAAAGGCAGAGCGGCGAGCAGCCGGGCUGCCGUCACGCUACAUCCAUCUCCACUCCACCCGCACCACCGCCGCCGGCCGCUGGCACACGCAGUCCAUCCGUUACCACCUCUGGCCGCGCACCACACCACGCACGCUCGCGUCGCUCAUCAGACACUGAUCGCGACAGACGCACCUUCGCCAUGUCUGACGCCGGCUCUCAGGACGGCGAGCCCUCGUGGCAGCGCCACAGCUCGUCGUACGGCUUCGGCGCAGCACACGGCCGCCCGCAGGCCUCGUCGUACGGCUACGCCGCCGGCAUGAAGCACGCAGCCGGCCGCACCGCGCUGCCCGACUGGGCCGCAGACGUGUCGCUGUCCUUCGGCCAGGAGCCCACGCUGCCAGUCGCCGACAUGCGCAGCCAUGGCGCCGGCGCUCGCUUGGAGCGUCAUCUGCUUCGUCCCGACGACGACGACGUGACGCUCAGCACCGAGAGCGGCACGGGCGUGCCGAGCGCACUUGCAGGAGAGGACUCCUACAUCCCGGGCGUGGGCCGUGGCCUGCGCAGCGCCGCAUCUGCCUCGCGCGAUGCCCGCGUGCUCGACAUCGUCGGCGACCUCCACCCUUCGCCGGCCGUGGCCGCCCGGCAUCAGCGCCUCUCGCGCCCCACGCCCGAGGCCAGCAGCAGCGGCUCCAGCUCGAGCGAGAGCGAGAGCGACGACGAGCUCGAUGCGCUGGGCUCGUACCCGGGCACUGCCAGCACAGGCAACCACCGCGGUCUGCGUGCCACGCCGUUGGGUCAGAGCCGCCGGGCGGUGGCGCACGUCCGGCCCGCUCUUGGCGAGACGAAGCUGGCAGCUUUCCGGGCAGCCGAGCGGCCGGCUCGGCCGCAGCAGCAGAAGCCGGUUCAGGCGCAGGCGCCGCAGCGCUUCUCGCGCGGCACCUCUGCUGCGCCGCAGACGUCGCCUUCGCCAGCGUCGCGGCCCGUUCGAGCCGGCAGCGCGGCCACCGCAUCAACAUUCGGCGACGCAGCAGCACAGCUGCGAGGCGCGAUGCGUGCUGCAGAGGCAGCAGAGAACGACGACAGCUCGGGCGAGACGCUGCUGGGAUCGGCGCAGGGUCCGGACGGAGUGCAGGCCAAUCUGCAGCACAAGGGUGCCGAGGCUGCGCACGACGAUCCGUGGAUGGUGCUGCCGUCCGGCCGGCGCAUCGGUCCCUCGGCGUUCCGGGCUCGCCUGCCUGACCUGUCUGGCGUCACUUCCGCACUCGGCUCGCCGGUGCGGACGCGCAAGGCGGAGGCACACGUGCCCCUCGCGAAGCUCAAGCAGCCGCCGCACGAGCUCGAGGCGCUUUCGGGCUAUGUCAAGGGAUGGCAGCGGGAGCUUGGAGCGACACAAGCACAGUUCGAGGUGCACCGAGGAGAGUGGCAGCAGCAGGUGGGCGCACUGCAGGCUGAGCUCGACGACCUCAAGCGCCGCCCGCCGGCUGUGGCUGUCGCGUCGCCCGGUCCAGUGGCCGCAGCGCGAGAGUUCCAACGACAGGAACGGGAAGAGCGCUACACAGCGGCCGCUGACGCUCAAGGCUUCGCCGAACCGAUCCGCGCAUCGUCGCCGCUUGUGCCUAGCUCGGCACGCGCUCGCGACGGCUCCAGGGACAACGUCGAGACGGCACCUUCUUCUCAGCAGCAGCGGGAGAGCGACGCCAAGAUGCAGGCUCUGCACGACCAUGUCCGCCAGCUUGACGCGGAGCUGGCCAAGUACCGCGAGGAUGCGGAGAGAAUCCGUGCUGCUACGCCUGCCGCUGCAGCACAUGCCACAGGCCGCCGGGCAGAAGAGCCCAUCCGCGUUCCGCGCGCCAGCCGAGCGCAAGCAGUGCAGGCCGGCGGAGGAUCGUCGCCGAGCGACAUGGAUGCAGACGCACUCCGUGCCCACGUCGCUCGCGUCGAGCACGAGGUCGUGCAGCUGCGCCGCUUCGUCGACAACGUCCCGGCAGAUGCGAGGCGCUUCGCUGCCUCGUCGCCUGCUCCUGUGCUGCCGCGGAAGCACCGCACGCGCUCGCGCAGCGAUGCGGGUGACGCAGAGCACAGCAGCUCGGACGGCGACCUUGGUGCCGCAGGACUGGCGUCGCUCGUUCAGUCCCGACCAGUCUCGCGGAGCUCUCGCCGGGCCGCGAAUGUCGCGGCACAGCUGCACGGAGUCGAAGUCUGGAGCGAGGGCAUCCGCGAGGAGGCACAGCGCAGCAUCACGCCGCCGAGGAACUCGACGCCGCCGCUUCCACACUCGCGGGCCAACUCUCGCGCUGCCGCCGUGCAAGACGAGGCUGAGGGAGAUGAGCUAGACCCGGACGAGACUGCGCGGCCCCGCGACCACCAGCCUCGCGCCGGAUCGAGCAGCUCUCGUCGUCAAGCGCCAACCACCACACGCGCCCGUCACCUCUCUUCCAGCAGCGCGAGAUUCAUCCCUGCCGCUGCUGGUCAAGUUUCCGACGACGAGCGGAGCCAGGCAGCUGCAGACGAGACUGUCGACGACCUCGAUGCAGACGUCACGAUCGCCCACGAGCGGGCAGAGCGGACCUUCGAGGUGGUCGCCGCCCGCGGCGAGGCUGCGCGCCAGCGCGCCGAUGGACAGCGGCAGCUUGAGCACGACGAGCGCUCUUGCACCGUCUGCAAGGCGCGCAGCAAGACGGAGAGCCGCAAAGCGGCGCGCAAGGAGCGCGUCCGUGCUGGCGAGCGCAUCGACGGCGGCGCCGAGGGGGCCGAGGACGAGGUGCUGCUGCUCUCCUUCCUGGAGGCAAGCGAGGAGGCAACUGCACUGGGGCAGUCCGCUCCGCUGCUCGGCUCGCGCCAGCUCAAGGUGCUGCAGCGCCUGGUGCAGGAGCACAUGGACGAGUUCGUGCACGCGCGCAUGCUCUACGCCGAGCUCGCCGACGAGCUUAAGGGCAUCGACCCGAGCAUGAGCGCCACGCGGCGCCGCAUCCUGGCCGAGCACGUGCUCGAGGCCGUCGAGCAGCUCGAGUUCAAGGCGUCGCGCAUCAACGCACUGCAGCUGCUGCUUCCGCCGUCCGCACCCACGGAGACCGAGCACCGCAGCAGUGCGGCCAAGACGCCCAAGACGUCCUCGGCCGCCAAGAAGUCCAGCCGUGCGGCGCGCAACUCGCCGCCGACGAUGGAUGUGCAAGUCGACCGUCCCUCGCAGCGCAGCGGCUCUGGCAGCCGCCGCACCUUCCACGACUGAUGGCGAUGUGCGCUGUCGUUUCCGCCGCGCCUGAAUGCUCAUGCUCCGCCCAGCCGCUCUUCUUACCCUUCAUGCCGCACCCAUAUCAUCGCUAGGCUUCGUUCCAAUUGCAGGCUUCGUUACUCUGAGCCUCUUGGGUAUCGAUUCGUUGCUGCGAUGCGUGAUGUACAGAUGAUCGGGAGAGGUGGCAGGUGCGCGGCGCGUCCGUGCAGGGUCAGGCGCAAGGGCGAAGCGGCAUAUCUACGGGUGUGAGGCCUGCACC